AGGCGAGAGGUCGCGCGGAAGCCGCUCCGCCUGCUGUGCGCUCACCCCGUCCUUUGAGGACAGGCCUCCGUUCCGUUGCGUAAUUGGUCCUCUCUCUCUCUAUCUGUCCCACCGACCGACGUAUCAUUACCCAGCUGCAGCUAGGUGCGUUCCACCUGCACCCGUCGGCGCCUGCGGUAGUCGACCAUCGCCUUGCUGAUUGACCACCCUCGCUGAGCGGGCUAUGAAGAUGAGCAAGGUGGGCAACCAGACCAACUCGCAGGACCCGCAGGCUGUCAACUCGCGGGUCUUCGUGGGAAACCUCAACACCUUCCAGUGUUCCAAGACCGACGUCGAGAGGAUGUUCCAGCGCUACGGCCGGAUAGCGGGGAUCUCGAUGCACAAAGGCUACGCAUUCGUGCAGUUCACGAACCCCUUCGACGCCCGCAGUGCCUGUCUUGGCGAAGACGCACGCACCGUCCUAGGACAAGUCCUCGAUGUGAACAUGGUGGCGGAACCCAAGCCACAUCAGACGGGUCGGAAACGGCAGAAUGUCGCCAAGACCGGCAACGACUGGGAUUACUACUACGACAGCUACUACGCGUCGGCGGCGUUCCCGCCGCGCAUCGUGCCUCCGCCGAAGCGGCCGCGGCUGAUGGCGCCGCCGGCCAGGCCGACGCUGAAGGCCGUCGCGACGCCGCAGCACAGCAAGACCGUCCCCCAGCAGGCGCCGCAGCAGCUGCAGUCCCAGCCCACAGCCGGCGUCGGACAGCUCAAGACCUACAGUAACCCUGACAUUCUCAUCUGUGGAAACUGCCGUGAGAUGUUCACCGAGCUUCAAGAACUUUUGGAACACAAGAAGACGUACUGCAAGCUGCGAUUCACGUGCAAGUGCCACACGUUGGCGGACAAUAAGUCGCCUGGCGAGGACGGCACGGUGGGUCUGCUGUGCGCGCAGUGCAAGGACGUGUUCCCCAGCGCGUGGGACCUGAUGGUGCACGUGCAGGCGGCGCACAUGCUCAACAUCUACCAGCUGGGCGCGCCCAGGGCCGCCCUCAACGGCGCCCCGGCCGGCGCCGCCCCCGCCACCCCUGCCGCCACCGCCUCUGCCAGCCCCGUCAAGGAGGAGCACCAGGAGUGCCGCGGGGAGCGUGAAGGUACACCCGGCGCCGACGACGACGAUGACGUCACGCUGGCGGAGGUGCCGCUGCCGGUGGAUGAGAAGCAGCAGGUGAACGGCCGCCGCGCCGACGGCGAAGGCGCAGACAUCGACGAGCUGCUGAUGGACGACUCUGCGCAGCAGUCCUGCACCGUGCACAUUGAGCAGACUCCGGCGACGCGCGGCCCGGCGCAGCUGGUGCUGAAGGCGCUGACCAACGGCGAGAUCGGCGCCGUGGACUCAUGAUGGGACGCGCCUCCGCUCUCCGGCCAGCGCCUGGGUCCUCCAGCGUAGGCGGCCCGGAAGUCGCUGGAACGACCUGCCUGGAGGCCGCUGGAAGCAAGGGGCGGGACGGCCUCUGCCCCGCCUGCCUCACCCCGCCACCCACACGCCCCUCUUCACGUUAACACGAGUCGUAGCCGAGAGCAGUACUCGUUCUCCCCCACACCCCCGUUACUUUUCCACGCCGAAUCUUCCGAAGGAACUCAUAACCUUUACAAGCAAUUCGAGAAGUUUCGGGCGUGAUUCUUUCUUCCACCCGAACGCUCCUGUUGCGCUGUCCGAGUGUAUUUUGCUACGUUUCUUCUUGCUUGUGCGGAGAUGGGACUUACGAAAAAUGUCCCAAGUCACUAAUGUGUCCAGAACGUUCGAGAGGUGCAUUUAUCUUGUUUUGGAUUCGUCAAAGUAGAAAAGUGUUCUGACAGAGAGACUGUGUGUUAAAUUUUCCAUUUUUCCGUUUCAAAAACAACGUGGUAAUGAAAUAUUCUAGUGUUAUGUAAUCUCAAAGAAUAUGACUUUAAAAAAGAAAAAAAACCAUAACCUGUCUCGUAUGUAUUUGUUGUACAGUCAGCGGAAGUAAGUGUACACCAUGUCCUUCGUGACUGGAUACCAAUGCUUCGUACAUCAUUAAUACAGCAUGUGUAUCAAACAUGGUGGUGUGUCAGAAUCAGACAUCUAUGACUUUACUGAAACUUAGUGACCACCCGCUUAUCCAGUCGGCUGCCAGAGAUUUCGAUUAACAAAAAGAGAGUUAGGAUUUUAAUAAACCAGUCCAAGAACAAAAUCGAGGUGUAAGUAUUAUGAUAAGUGAUGAGUGUUUUUUGCGGUAAUAUAUGGAAACACUUGAGGUUUGAAAGUCCCUACAUUGUUUACACGUUAACGGUUUUACUUCCGUCUGAGUUACAGAUCGAAUGAUGUACGUUCGUGUGAUCAGAAAGAUGUGGACAAUCUAAAAUGGAAUUCUGGUAAAACGUGCGACAACGUUUAACAGUACACUGAGUAAGCUGCUUUUAAAUAUUGAAAUAGCUGCUGUCUAAAAUACAAAACUCCCCUCAGAACAAUGGUGUUGAAACAGGAGACUCAAUAGAAGUUGACAGGGGGCGAGUGUAGCCGCUUUGACUGGGGGCUUCAUUAACUUGCUUGGAAAGAAAUGGAAAGAAUGCCUCAGGAUGGGACACAAGUUCUUUAGGCAGACAGCAACGUCGUGUUUGCUUCUAUCAUGAAAGGAUGAAUUUGUUCAGAGAGUCUGACGUCACAUUAUUGUGUGACUAGUUCAAGCACAGGCUUCAUUUAAAUAUUGUGUUAAAAGUGUCUAACAUGUGGGUAGAAAGAAGAACUUAGCUAGAAUUACUAGAUGAGUGAAUCCAGCAAGGUUGAAAGCACCAUAAACUGAGAUUAUGUACUAAGAAAUCACAGAUAUGAAAUAUCUAACGGUAUUUUUUUGUGCUUUGGUGAGGGACAUGUGUUUUCGAUUGGUUACUCUAGAAAACCGAAGAAGAGAACAUGUGCUAAGUGUAUGAUACUGAGAACAUUGCAGUUUAUACUCAUACUGUAAGAGAAUGACUCACAGUAAAAAAAAAAAAGAGUGGUAGUUUCAUAUCAACUGUAAAACUGGUCUAAUAUUUUUAUGGUCAGAUGUAACUUGUUCAAUUCGGUAA